ACCCUCGGUGUUUGCAUGUCGCGAUUCAUUUGUCCCUAGAAACUAGUAUGGCAAACGUCGUGAUUCUAGUACUGGGUAUAGCUUUGGUGCUUGUAUCUCCGGGGCUGGGAGCUAAUAUUCUCUGUUUGACUCCAAUCCCGAGCCAUAGUCAUCAUAUUUGGAACAGAGCAUGGAUGGAAGCAUUGGCAGCAAGAGGACACAAUCUGACGAUCGUCUCAGCCGACGUUGAGAAGGUCCCCAAAACAAACAUGACCUACAUACAUCUGGAGGAAGCUUACACCUAUCUGCAUGAGGUGUUAGACUUAGGCGAUAUGGCCAAUGAGAAUGCUUUUGGUGGAGUUCGAAGUUUGUAUGCCUGGGGAACGGGGAUGUGCAAGGGAGUGCUCCGUUCCACCGGAAUGGAUCGUAUCAUGGCGUAUCCCGACGAUUUCAGAAUUGAUCUCGUUGUAGCCGAUGUCACCCUGGGACCGUGUUUAUUCGGACUGCUGCAGAAGUUUGGUAAUCCGCCGGUGGUCGGAGUUACAGCGUAUAAUAACCCGUCUUAUACGCCCGAUUUCAUUGGAGGACACAAACACUACGCUUACGUUCCGUAUGUGAUGCUCAACUACGAUUACGAUAUGAGCUUUUUUCAACGUUUGUACAAUUAUGUUGUCUACUGCUACGAUCACUACUACCGUCAUCACGUGUUUCUUUCAAUUAUUGAAGACUAUAUGAGGCAAUACCACAAACUAGAUCAUCUGGAAAGUGCGUCGGAACUGGAGAAACGUGUCUUCCUGCUGCUUGUGAAUUACCACUACUCCGUUGACUUUCCUGAAUCCGUUCCACCGAAUCAUAUUCCAGUAGGAGGUCUCCAAGUCAUCCCACCGAAAGAGCUUCCAUCAGAUAUCAAGCAAUUUAUCGAAGCAGCACCGAAAGGAUCCGUACUGUUUUCGCUAGGAACAAACGUCAUGAGCAGCGACCUUGGCGACAACACCAUACGAAUGUUGCUCGACGUUUUCCGACAAUUUCCCAAGUACAACUUUUUGUGGAAGUUUGAAACUGAAAUGAAAUUUGAUCUUCCAAAAAAUGUUAUGAUAAAAAAGUUUUUACCACAGAAUGACAUUCUGGCACAUCCUAACAUUAAGGCUUUCAUUACCCACGGCGGAAUGCUGAGUACCCAUGAAGCAACGUGGCACGGAGUUCCGAUGGUGGGCAUUCCAUUCGUCUGCGAUCAGUACCGAAACCUUCAUAAAUCCGUCCGAGCCGGAGUCGCAAUCAAACUUGAACACAAUGCUCUGACCACCGAUAAGGUUCGAAAAGCAUUGACACAAGUUCUAGAAACGCCUUCCUACCGAGAAAAAAUGCGGAUAAGAUCAUUGCUUUUCCGAGACCAACCCGAGCAUCCUUUGGAUCGUGCUAUCUGGUGGAUUGAAUGGGCCAUUCGUCACCCCAAUGCCGAACACAUCCAAUCUCCCUCCAAGGGAAUGAGCCCUUGGAAAAGUGAGCUGUACGACGUAAAGCUGUUCAUCUUCGUAGUGUUCAUAUUUGUUGUGCUUAGCGUGAAAUAUGUUUUGUCAAACAUUUUAUCAAUGCGUGCUGAGAAAAACGAUUCAAGUGAUAAAAAGAUACUUGAGAUAAUGAAUCUAAAAGAAAUAAUCGCAUUUGUAGUUUUAAUAUUUACACUUCAAAUCACGAACGGUGCUAACAUACUGUGCAUCUUGACUGUUCCAAGCCCAAGCCAUCACAUCUGGAACCGUGUGUGGAUGGAAGCGCUGGUAGAACGAGGGCACAAUUUGACGGUUGUCUCGCAGGAUGGGGACAAGUCCAAACCAAAUCUCACUUACAUCUUGCUGGAAACUGUUUACAGCCAUUUAUAUGAAAACGGCGAAAUUAACUAUGUAGAAAUGUCUAAAGAGAGCUCGUAUCAAACAGUGUUUUCCUUCAUGAACUAUUUCGUGAGCGUGUGUACUCCUAUGCUCAAGUCUGAAGGACUGAAUGCAAUCGAACUAUAUCCAGAUAAUUUUAAAUUCGAUCUAGUAAUCUACGACUUCGGAUGUGGCCCCUGUCUGCUGCCACUGCUUCACAAGUUCAAAUAUCCGCCAUUGUUGGCUCUGACGCCAUUCAACAAUCCCCCCUACUCAGUUGAUGUCGUGGGUGGCCACAAGCACUUCGCGUACACUCCAUACUUUGCGCUAAACUAUGAUACUAAGAUGAAUUUUAUACAACGGACAUACAAUACCUUUAUCUCACUAGUCAGUUCAGCUUAUCGCAAUUUCUACAUUUUACCGCGAGUGGAUCAACAAGUUCGAGACCAUUUCAACUACACCGACAUGCCCUACUUGGGCGAUUUGGAAAAGCGCACCCAGAUAAUGCUGGUUAACUCCAAUCCAGUCAUGGAUGCCCUCGAGCCUCUUCCUCCAAAUGUGAUCGCUGUCGGAGGUGCACACAUCAAAGAUCUUGAACCUCUACCCGUUGAUCUGGAAAAAUUCAUUACCAGUGGUAAAAAAGGAGCUGUUCUAUUCUCGCUCGGUUCUAAUGUUCGCAGUGAUAAAAUAGGCGAAGAACGUCAACGUAUGUUCAUCGAUGCAUUCCGCCAAAUGCCGCAGUACAAUUUUUUGUGGAAAUUCGAAACAAAUCUGAACCUCGAUCUACCACCUAACGUAAUCGUCAAACGGUGGAUGCCUCAAACCAGUAUUCUGGCACAUCCAAACACCAAAGCGUUCAUAACACAUUCCGGCGGACUAAGCACACAGGAAGCAUCGUGGUACGGUGUUCCACUGAUUGGAAUGCCAUUCUUUAUGGAUCAAAUCAGAAAUUGCCAACGAUCAGUCAGUGCAGGUGUCGCAGAGGCACUCGACUUCAACUCGCUGUCCGUUGAUAAAAUUAGAAACGCGGUUUUAAAAGUAUUACAGACACCAACGUAUCGAGAAAAUAUGAAACGUAGAUCUAAGCUUUUCCGUGAUCAACCAGAAAAGCCAUUAGACCGAGCAGUCUGGUGGAUCGAGUAUGCCCUUCGAAAUCCGGAUCUGAGUUAUCUGAAAUCGCCAACACUCGAACUGGGUACCGUUCGAUCAAAUUUACUUGACGUUUAUGGAUUCUAUCUGCUUAUCGUUGGAGUGGCAUUCACGAUUAUAAAAUAUAUACUACAAUUGGUUUGCAAAAAACAAACCACUGAAAAAUCGAUGAAAAAAGAAUGACGGAAAUGGCUUUUGCAGUGUACAAUAUACAGUUUUUAAAAAUGUGAUUUAAUUACGUUAGAAGUGCUUCAUCUAUUAUAAAUCAUGGCAAAAACGUUAUCAAAUAAUUCAUUUUCAAAAAAUAAAAGGUUUCAACCCACGAACAAAAAUAUAUGAAUCUUA